AUAUACGAUUCAUGCACGCGAAGAUCCGCUUGGACUUGCCCCUCCCCGUGUCUGGGACUCCGAAAUGACAUCUGCGGCUUCAUCAGGUGGAACCUCGUACGACCCUGGGGCCCCGGGGGGGGCCCGUCGACUUUUCGCAAAUUGAUACAUCACUUCGAUUCGUUUUGUUUCUGGACGGACGUGAUCGUGCAACGGGACACGGCGGUCGACCACGAUGACCACCCUCACGACUUUGUCCACUGCUUUUUCAAUAAUCUUCCCACAACGCCCGGUUCUUCCGCCUGGACCACCCACGUCAAUGCACUGCGCGCGUGCGCGGGGGUCCCAACGAGGCUGUGAUCGUGACAUCAUCCACAAAUGCCGGGUGUUUCCAGGGAGUUUGAUCGACGCCUACCGUCUUGGCAGCGAUCCACGCCUGCUUGUUGGGCCGUUUGUCGAGUCUACCUUCCUCUGUUCAUAUUUUGUGUUUCACUUUUUUCAUUUCCUUCUUCCUUGCCUCUUCUUUUAUCUUUUACUUUCUUUCCUAUCUGUCAUAUCAUACCGGAGGCUUUGUGUAUUGGCAUAGCACGCGCGGCGUUGGGACAUUGACUGGGAUUGUUACUUAGACUUGUUGUGUUUCAUCUUUCUUUCUGACAUUGGAACCGCACUGGGCGCAUUUGUUUGCAAAGGUCUG